AAUAGUCUCGCAUAUUCUGGUUCGCAUAACUACAAACCCAAGUCUAUCCCUCUCUCUAUCUCUCUGCGUACUCACAUCUUACGGUUUUGAAUUUCUUCCUUGAAAAACCCUAAGGGGGAAACGUUUCGUCGCUGCAGUUGUGUAUUCACUGUUCAUAUUCUCUCUGUGAGAGAGAGAGACCUUCGCUAUUUUGCGUCAGCGGCGGAGAUGCGUCAAUUAGACUCUCCUGCGUGGAGCUUCCGGUGAAUAAAAAAAGACGAUUGAUAAAUGAUUCCACAAUCUUCUUCCUCUUCUACUUUCAAUUUCUUAUCUCACGCCAACGUCUCACCUCGUCUGCUAUGCCCUUGCUCCAACGAGCAUGGCUUGAUUCUCUUCCGCGAUAGAUUCCCGAGGCGGCGGAGAACCAGAGUUCUGGUCACGAAUGCGAACUCGAGGCUCGUUUCCACCGGGGAUUCAGCGAGAAACGUCGCAAGGAGUCUUGUGGUUUCUAGGUUUUCGAAUGAAUUCGAAGACGAACAAGAAUCAUCAUCGACUCAGAGUGACCGAAGCAAUUUCACUAACUACAGAGAAGAUCCGAUCGUAGAUAAGCUCAGGACUCAGCUCGGCGUUAUCCACCCAAUCCCCUCUCCACCGUUUAACCGCAACGCGAUUGGUCUCUUCGCGUUCUUCUUCUUCGUCGGCGUUGUCUGCGACAAGCUCUGGGCGUGGAGAAAGAGGCGGAGACAAGAGAGACAGCGAGGAGCCGGGCCAUGGGCGCAGCUUCCUUCGCCUUCUUUCGAGAAGGAUUUGCAGAGGAAAGAGUCGGUGGAGUGGGUGAACAUGGUGUUGGUGAAGCUCUGGAAAGUUUAUAGAGGUGGGAUUGAGAAUUGGCUCGUGGGGUUGUUGCAGCCUGUGAUUGAUGACUUGAAGAAGCCUGAUUAUGUGAAGAGGGUUGAGAUUAAGCAGUUUUCACUUGGGGAUGAGCCUUUGUCUGUUAGGAAUGUUGAGAGGAGGACAUCGAGACGCGUCAAUGACUUGCAGUACCAGAUUGGUCUUAGGUAUACUGGUGGUGCUCGGAUGUUAUUAAUGCUCACUUUGAAAUUUGGUAUCAUCCCAGUGGUGGUGCCAGUUGGUAUUCGGGAUUUUGAUAUCGAUGGUGAGCUUUGGGUUAAGUUAAGAUUGAUACCGUCAGAGCCUUGGGUUGGAGCUGCAUCAUGGGCAUUUGUAUCACUUCCAAAGAUCAAGUUUGAGCUGGCACCAUUCCGACUGUUUAAUCUUAUGGGAAUUCCUGUUCUAUCCAUGUUCUUGACCAAACUGCUGACAGAAGAUUUGCCUCGAUUAUUUGUCCGGCCAAAGAAAAUUGUCUUGGAUUUCCAGAAAGGGAAAGCCGUUGGACCAGUUUCAGAAGACCUAAAAUCUGGAGACAUGCAGGAAGGGAACAGGGAUUUUGUUGGGGAACUGUCUGUUACUCUUGUAAAUGCCCAGAAACUUCCAUACAUGUUCUCUGGUAGAACGGAUCCAUAUGUUAUUUUACGAAUGGGUGAUCAAGUUAUCCGUAGUAAGAAGAAUAGUCAAACUACUGUGAUUGGGGCUCCUGGUCAGCCAAUCUGGAAUCAGGACUUCCAAUUCCUUGUUUCAAAUCCUAGAGAACAAGUAUUACAAAUUGAAGUCAAUGACUGUCUUGGAUUCGCGGAUAUGGCUAUUGGCACUGGAGAGGUUGACCUCGGAUCGCUGCCAGACACGGUUCCUACAGACAGAAUUGUUGUUUUACGAGGCGGUUGGAGUUUGUUCGGAAAGGGAUCGGCUGGAGAAAUACUACUGCGGCUUACAUACAAAGCAUACGUGGAGGAUGAAGAAGAUGAUAAACGCAAUGCAAAAGCCACUAAUGCAGAUGCUUCCGAUGAUGAAAUGUCUGAUUCUGAGGAACCUAGCUCAUUCGCACAGAGUGACAAGAUUCCUUCUGAUGAUCUAAGUCAAGAGUCGUUUAUGAAUGUGCUGUCUGCAUUAAUUUUAAGCGAGGAAUUUCAAGGCAUAGUUUCAUCAGAAGCUGGGAACAAACUUUACGAAGGAGAAGCAACCGUGCCACCAGUACCCUCAAAGGCUGCGGAGGACCCAAAAUCUCAACCGGACGAUUCUGGCAAUGGGGGUAUAUCAGAUUUUGAAGUGAAAACCCCGAAUUCGGAUAGAAGCGCUGUUGAUGAUGGAGGAUUAGCAUUACUGUGGUUCAGUGUAAUCACGUCUGUAUUGGUGCUCGUUGCUAUUAACAUGGGCGGCUCAAGUUUCUUCAACCCGUAACAUGGUGUUGUAUGGAUCACGAUUUAUAUUGCGGAGUUGGUUCUUUCUCUCUUCUCGGCCUUAGAGAUGGCUUAUAACGAAGUCUCAGUUUUGUGUUUACAUUCUACUGCCAUUUGUAUGCAUGUCAUUAGAAGAGUGACACUUAUUGGCGGCAGAAAGUUUUAGGAUACAUUUCACACAAUCUCUUACAACCGUGAAUCAACGUGUAUACCAGUGGUUUGUUAUAUAGUACAUGGAAAAUUUAUUCUCCAUUCAAAUAAAGUUUAUUCUUUCUGCAAGUAAACGAUUUUGUCUUCCAUAACACGUAGAACAGUGACGCCUACUAUUAGCAGUCACCAACUUGAGGGCUUUUUAAAAAGUGUUCGUUCUGUAAGUUUUUUGGUGGAAGCUUUCACAUGGAAGUCGUAAUUAUGCUUUUCAGUUUAGUUUUGUCCAUUUUUCAGGUACAACAUCUGUAAAACUCUGCCAGUGAUGUGCCUGGAGAGCAAGAGUAUAAACAUGUGGAGUAGGUGUAAGUAGUGAUGUAUAGUCUGAUGAAAAGCCACAAAAACUAGAAGAUAUAUUGCGGGAACUGGAAUGAUUGAUUGUUAUUGCGAGCAUCAUGGAUUAUAUAACAAUGUUAAACAGAAGAACACAAUUUACAAUAUAUAUAUAUAUAUAUCAUGUUAACUAAUUGCACGUUAAGUGGACACAAUUAGAUCUACGCUUAUUAAAAGAACAUAUACAGUACAAUCAAACAUAUAGAAUAACAAGGGGAUCGUGGGUGCCUUAAAUUAAGGCCAAGUGACAGAAACAAAACAGUAUAAUCCAUGAUAUAAAAAGGGAUUAAC